AUGACAGAAAGGUCAUCCCCAGCGACGCCAACUGCGGCCCCACCGCGGCCAGUCCGCGCGCACCCGUCCUCCUCCUCCUCGCCGUCAACACCGCGCGCGACGCCCCGCUCGCCGUCCAAGACGCACCGCUCCCUCCGCCCGCCGCCGCCACCAGCGACGAUCACGCAGGAGGUGGGGUGCUUCGUGUCCGCCGACGCGCGGCUCGAGGGCUCCAUCUCGCUUGGGGCCGGCUGUGUCCUGCAUCCGCGGUGCAGCGUGCGCGUUGCCCCCGGCGCCAGCGUGCACCUCGCCGACGGGUGCGUCGUGGAGGAGGAGGCCGUCGUCACUUUCUCUGGCAAGGGCGCAGCGCGCGUCGGCGCACACACCGUCUUCAUGGUCGCGUGCCGCGUUGAUCUUGUCGCAGGCGACGCCGUGGGGCCAUGGUGCUCGUUCAUGCCGCGGUCGCGGCUCGCGGGCGUGCGGCUCGGCGAGCGGUGUACCCUCGCCGCGGGCACCUCUGUCGACGUCGCGCAUCCUGCGUUGCGGGCCGACCUUGGUGGGGCCGAGGACGUGCCCCAGCUCCCCGACCGCACGAUCAUACACGGCGCCGCGAACGCCGCGCGCACUUGGGACGCGGGCGGCGAGGCGCAGGAGACGGUGUUACGGCUCAGCGCGACCGAGUAUCUGCGGGACGUUUUGCCCAAGUUUAACAAACAGCGCGCGGCGUAG